CAGCGGGGUCAAGGUGAGGGGAAAUAAUGCUCGCACUUGCCUUUGGAGUCCGGUGAAUAUUAACCAGUUAAAGACCAGAGCCGAGACAUGCCAUAUGGUGGUGGCAAUGGUGGAUAUGGAUCUCAAUACGGUGGGCAAGGGCAACAGCAACAAUAUGGUCAACCUCAGCAGGGCGGGCCCCAAUAUGGCCAGCCCCAAUAUGGCCAGCCUCAAUAUGGCCAGCCUCAAUAUGGCCAACCUCAAUAUGGUCAGGGCCAAGGCUACGGCUCUCCCGCACCUCCCCAAGGGCCCCCGGCUCCCUACGGCGCACCUCCCCCUAUGCCGCCUGGCUGGCACGCACAGUGGGAUAACAACAGCAACCGCUGGUUCUACAUAGAACAAUCCAGCGGCCGGUCACAAUGGGAUCCCCCAGCCGUCUCCUCUCCCGCUCCCCAGGGACCCUUCGCCCCUCCACCAGGCGCACCCCCCGGCCAACCUCCCUACGCGAACCCCCAAGGCUACGGUGGACAGGACGGCAGCCGGGGUGCGGCUGAUUCCUACUCGGGCGGCGUGGGUGGAGGAUAUGGAGGCCAGUACGGACAAGGCGGAGGAUACGGUGGUGCUCCAGGAGGCGGAUACGGUGGUGCUCCUGGUGGCGGAUACGGGGAUAACUCAGGCGGCCAGGGGGGAUACGACGACAGAGGGCAGCAGGAGACCAAGGAGAAGAGUUCUAACAAGAACGUAUACAUGGCAGCCGCCGGAGGCCUGGCAGUUGGUGCCAUAGGAGGAGCCGUCAUUGCCCACGAGCUGACUGAGGACUCCGAUGAAGAGCGCCACGCCGCCGAACAAACCACUUACGUAGCCGCCCCCGCAGCCGCGUCUUACAGUGCCGCACCACCGCCCGCUGAGGACAACUCGUACAUGUACAACGAGCAGUUGCCCGAGGAGACGGCGAGUGGCAGUUCUGUCUCUGGCAGCGACAAAGAGGAGCUCGAGGAGCGGCGCGAGGAGAUCGCGGAGAUGCAGCGCGAGUACGAAGAGGAGUACGAGGAGACGUAUGAGGAUUAGUGAGAGGAUAUGUAUCAGACCUGCUUACCAAGUAGGCCUUUUUGG